AUAAAGGAUAACAGAUAAGAGAUAAGAGCCAGAACCACAACAGCAACUCAAACUCAGAAGAACACUCAUGGAGAAACCAACACACAAAAACAAUCACACAAUAAAUUUUAUAAAAACGUAGACAAUAAUAAUUAACUUAAACCAUUUUGAAAAUACGUAUAGUUUUUAAUAGAAAAUAACCAUAACAAAUCUGAUUAAUCAAUUAAUUCUGUCUUAAUCCUGAAACUAAACUGCUAAUCAAACUCAGGGUUAAGCUGAAGAAGAGGUCCACAUGCGGUUCUUUCCUAUUCUCCCUAAUAUAGCCUAUGUCUUCUCUAGACCCUACUAUUCUUAACAAUCCAAGGACCUGCCCUCAGAUUUAAUUAAAAAUAGAGCAUUAAGUUCUUUGGAAAACAUCACUUAACAACUAUGCAGUAGACUAUAUCUAUUUAACACAGCCAGCUUGAAAACUCUAAUUAAUAAAAACCAGGUAGAGCCAAUUAAGUAUUAACCAGGUGACACUUGUGUUUUAAAAAUCUCAGCUAUAAACGUACUCAAGAUCUUAAAACUGUCAAUUGGAAAUUUGGAAUUAGAGUUUAGGCGGCCGUCCUAAAUUGAUCUAAUCCAAGUUUAAACAAAGACCAGUUUUCAAACACCUUUUCGAGUUUAGAUUUGACAGUAGCGCAAAGGCUAAAAUUCCUUCAAGGUCAAAUUAAUCCAACAAAAACAACCAAAUCAAAGAUUCAAUCUUUUUUGUCAAACGAUCCGGCCUAAAAAGGUUUCAUAAUUUCAGAGACAAUAAUCAAUCAAUAAAGGAAAAUGCUAGGGGUAAUCCAAAGAUGUACCUCAUUUGUCCCCCACCCCCUCCAUUACCACUUAAAUAGGCAAGAAAUUUAAAAAAAAUUAAGUAAAUAAAAAUAAAAAAUAAAUAAGUGGUUAUGGAGGAGGUGGUGUACAAAUGGGGUAGUUUUUGGUGUACCUCUAGCAUCUCCCAUCAAUAAAUCAUACUUAACAAUUCAACAUCAACACACAUACAAUUCAACAUUUGUAAUAUAACUUACACAUUCAACAAACAUAGAAUUGAAAGUAAACAUAUUUAAUACUGACAAUCAAAUUCAUAAAUUGUGAAACUUAUAAAUUGGAAAGUCUUAAUUAAAGAAUGAAAUUAAAAAGGAUAAAAUUGCUCCCUGAGUAUUGCUCCUUCAUCCGUUCGUUCACUGCCAAAGAAAAGAAAUGGCUGCCAAAGAAAUUUCUCCAUCCAUGGCCGCCGCUCAGAAUAUGCCUAGGGUCGGAGUUGCCGUCCAGACCUCCCGUCGUCGUCACCGCUGUGCAAUUGCCGUCGCCGGACCUAGGGUCGGAACCCUAGGUCGGCACCUGCUCUGCUCCGAUCUGUUCUCUCGUCUCUAUCCGUCUCCGUAUUCAACCCAUUCUUUUUGCUUCUUUUAUACACAAAUUAAUUCAGCUUUAGUCUUCAAUUUGGAUUAGGACUUGAAAUUAGAGAUGGAGUUGUAGAAGAAGGCUAUCCGGUUGAUUCUGGGGC